CCGGCCUCACCUAAUUGUCAAGAGACAGGAGGACCAAACCCACACCCAUACAAAGGGGCAGCAGGCAAGGGGCACCCUCCUCAAGCAACAAACGCAGCACCGAGGAAGAACCGUCCCCUUCGCCGAUCCUUCAUCACCGGCAACGACCUGCAGCAGCCAUGGCAAUGGCUUACAAGAUGGCGACGGAGGGGAUGAACAUCAAGGAGGAGUGCAAGCGGUGGUUCACGGAGAUGAAGUGGAAGAAGGUGCACCGCUUCGUGGUCUACAAGAUCGACGAGCGCACGCGCGCCGUGCUGGUGGACAAGGUGGGCGGCCCCGGGGAGGGGUACGAGGAGCUCGUCGCCGCGCUGCCCACCGACGACUGCCGCUACGCCGUCUUCGACUUCGACUUCGUCUCCGUCGACAACUGCCAGAAGAGCAAGAUCUUCUUCAUCGCAUGGUCGCCGGCGGCGUCGAGGAUACGGGCCAAGAUUCUGUACGCGACGUCGAAGCAAGGCCUGCGGCGGGUGCUGGACGGGGUCCACUACGAGGUGCAGGCCACCGACCCCUCCGAGAUGGGCUUCGACGUCAUCAGGGAGCGCGCGCAAUGAGCGAGCCGCCGCAGCGAGCGGGUUUUACUUAUGUUGGCGUGCCUGUCGCCGACGGUCGCCGCUGUACUAUAAUCGGACGGACGCUGAUCCGGGUGGGCUGCUUUGGUUGGUGGUGGCCUCGCUCGAUGCGAUCCGACGAGCGUUUGGGCUUUUGGUUUAGAAGAUUUAUCGGUCCGUGGUUUGUGUGAUGUAUGUAUAGGAGCUGAGAGAGUGGCAGCGGAUUAGUGAAGCGUCCCACCCGUCUCUGCGUGCGACGUGGAAAUUCCACUGAUGCUGAGGAUGCCCCGACUUGCUUUGCUUAUUGUGCUUCAACCGUUCAAGAUGAUAACACGGUUGGUUGCUCUGGACUGUCUCUUGGUCUGGUGAAAUUGUUGCAGGCGUUGUUCACCGCUGUCACGCCCAGCUAAAAGCAGGAUUUUGUAAGGACACAAGGGACUCUUCGGAUGUUGCAAGGAACUACGUACAAGGACAUAUGUUUGGAGAAAAA